CCGGCCCCACUGAACUUCUUAUUUGAGAAAAAUAGGCCCCCUGUGAGCGCGCCCUGUUGGGAACCCCAUCACUUCCAGAUCCCCAGGGCGGAUUACCAGGGGGAGCCGACAUACUCCUGGAGAGCAAGCUGGCUGUAGUGAGGCGCGCUCCUCAGCGGGCCAUCUUCCCUUUACGCCAACAUCGCGACAUUUUUCCAGCCCAGUUCCGCAUGCGGAUCAUUCCAGUCCUCCCUUCCCUGAGUGAAAAGAACCUUCCUUACAGAAUGUAAUUACCCACAUCAUCUGUCAAACCGGAAUUUUUUUUGUUUUAAACAUCAGCCCAUUUUCAGACUCUGCAAUUACGACAAUAGCUGGUCAGCAACCAUUUUUUGUCAGUUCCAGUCUCUGAAACUGGCCACUUACCAAUAAACUUUACCAGGAAUGGGUCUUCCGGACGGUUAACUGAACGUGGAAAAAAUUAAUGGCUAAACAUUUUCUUUGAAGACUGAGCUUGAGUCCAGAGCAAUGUGCAGUGGUGUCAAGCUGUGUCCGCAAACACAAUUCUACAGAAUUACAAGGAACGUUUCUUUUUUCCUUUUGUAAAUGGUUGCUUAAACAAGUGGUUGUCACUACGAUGUUGACAUAGGAAAAGGCGAAAUGACGGCGAGCAGAUCGAGCAGUAGCGCAGCAGGCGCUGGGCGCGCGGGUCGGUCCCGGCUGGACCGGCCGCUUUCACUUCCUCCCUCACGGGUCCCGCCCUCUUCGGUAUCUUCCUGAGAAUGUUAAAAAAAGAAAGAGAAGACAUGGGUCUUGCUGUAAGCCGUCUUUGGCGUCCGUUUUUUCCGUCGUUUCCACUUCUCACGGGUUGGGGCCUCCCCCCUUCCCUGCCGUUUGCUGAGUCGCUUUGCUCUCCGGUCGCCCCGCCCUCGGGGAACUCCGCGCAGACCCGCACCGCCCGCGCGCGCCCAGCCCUCCGCUUGAGUAAGCGCCGCCCGGCGGGGGCCAGCGGCUCCGAGCCCCGACCGCCACCCGAGGGGCCGCCUCCCGCUCCGGGCAGCUGGCGGGCGCUCCCGGGACAGCUGGACGCCGCGCGAGCCCGGCCCCGCGAGGAGGCGGAGGUGGAGGUGGAGGCGGCCCCUGGGCGCGGGCGCGGGCCGGCGGAGGAGCCUCGAGCGCCGCCCGGAUGCUGCAGCCCAGCGGCCUCUCCGCGAGCGGGAGCGGCUGCAGACCGGCCGAGCCUGCCCUCCGCCCGCGCAGGGGCCCGGAAGGGGCUGCGGCUUCCAUCCCUCCGGCUCUCAGACCCUCCUCCCCCCAGGUACAGGCCGGGAGAGGAGGACCCGUCUCCCUCUUGACGCCCCACCAUGGGCAAUGCCUCCAAUAACUCCCGGCCCGGGGACUGCGAGUCUCGACAGUGGCUCCCCUCGGGCGAGAGCCCAGCCAUCAGCUCCGUGAUGUUCUCGGCCGGGGUGCUGGGGAACCUCAUCGCGCUGGCGCUGCUGGCGCGCCGCUGGCUGGGGGACGCGGGGCGCAGCGCCGGCCGCGGGAGCUCCGUCUCCUUGUUCCACGUGCUGGUGACCGAGCUGGUGUUCACCGACCUGCUGGGGACCUGUCUCAUCAGCCCCGUGGUGCUGGCUUCGUACGCGCGGAACCAGACUCUGGUGGCACUGGCGCCCGAGGGCCGCGCGUGCAACUACUUCGCCUUCGCCAUGACCUUCUUCAGCCUGGCUACGAUGCUCAUGCUCUUCGCCAUGGCCUUGGAGCGCUACCUCUCCAUCGGGCACCCCUACCUGUACCAGCGCCGCGUCACGCGCCGCGGCGGCCUCGUCGUGCUGCCCGCCGUCUACGCCGCGUCCCUGCUCUUCUGCUCCCUGCCGCUGCUGGGCGACAGGCAGUACGCCCAGUACUGCCCUGGGACGUGGUGUUUCAUCCGGCAUGGACGCACCGCUUACCUGCAGCUCUACGCCACGCUGCUGCUGCUGCUCAUCGUCGCGGUGCUCGCCUGCAACCUCAGCGUCAUCCUCCACCUCGUCCGCAUGCACCGCCGGGCCAGGGGAAGCUGCUGCGCGCCCGCCUUGGGCAGCGGCCCGUGCGGCCCUGGGCCGCGCAGGAGAGGCGAACGGGUGUCCAUGGCGGAGGAGAUGGACCACCUCAUCCUCCUGGCUAUUAUGACCAUCACCUUCGCCGUCUGCUCCUUGCCUUUCACAAUUUUUGCAUAUAUGGAUGAAGCCUUUUCCCGAAGAGAAAAGUGGGACCUCCAAGCUCUUAGGUUUCUGUCGAUCAAUCCGAUUAUCGACCCCUGGGUCUUUGCCAUCUUUAGGCCGCCUGUGCUAAGAGUGCUGCGGUCCGUGCUCUGUUGCCGGGUGUCAUUGAGGACACGAGAGGCAGCACCGACUUCCUGUUCCACACAGUCCCAGUGCCAGUAAGUAGCUGGCCCUUGUGGACAGUCGCUCAGUAGUGCUGAGUUAGCAUCUGGAAGAACGUUUUGAAAUGAUUCCUUGGGGAAAUGAAAACCAUUAGUUUAUAAACAAAAUGAAGCUACCCUAAUAAAACAGACAUUUCAGCAGUGCUUGGGCCACAGAUGUGCUGACAAGGCCCUUCACGGGAAGUGUCAGAAGAUCUAUACAACCUGCCCUCCGAGAGCACGUUACACCGCCUUUGAGGAACAACCAACAGUGUUUAAGAUCCAUUGGACUUUUAAGCUUUCCUGUUGAAUGAGAAAGCAUGUGGUUUUGUAAUUUGUCUAAAACCUUAAAUAGUUACCGUGUUUUCUGUUUUAAUCUUAUAUGCUACUACUGUAUUAAAUACACAGUGUACAGUCUGACCAGAUAAGGCUUCAUGUGUAUUCUCCGGAAAGUCGAUCUGUGGAAGCAGCCAAGCCCGGUGCCUUGUGCCUGCCUGACAAACCCUCUCUGAUAAUGAGGUUGCAGAUCGCGGGCCCCUGCUGUGCGAUGUCUGUCGGUGGCAGUACUCCCUCAGGGUGCAGCGUCACGCUCAGAUGAGUGGGCUCAGUUGGUCACCGUCAGCUUCUUCACUAACCCCCGGAAGCUAUGUGUCCAAGUGCCAGGUUAUUUAUUUUAUAAUGCCCAUUGUGCUAAUAGUAAUCCAGAGGAUUUUAGGAAAUUUCCUCUCAACAACAAACAACAGGAUAUUAAGAGAGGUAAUUCUGAUUAAUGCUCUUCAUUCUGUUUCUGGGGGAGGAGAUAUGAGGCUACAUCUAAAGCCAAAUAAUAGGAUUAAAAACCAAAAAAUCGGGUCAAUUCUUCGGAUACAUUGGAAUCCUUUUAAUGCUGAUGUUGAGUUCAUGACUCACAUCUACUUAUUAAGAUGACUGUGUUGUAGCAAAAUUCAAAUGUCCAUAUUUUUAACUGGGACACAUGGUUGACUGGUACUAUAUAGGAAAUCAUGUGAGUCAUAUCUUAAUAUAUUUCUAAAUCUUUGGCAUAGUGUCAACUCAGCAUCAAAAUGUUUCAGUGAAUUUGCACUGUUUAAUCAUAUCUUAAUUACUGUGUAAACUCAUCUGAAAUGUUACAAAAAUAAACUAUAAAACAGAAAUUUGAAAAUGGAAUAGUAUUUGAUGAAUUCCCCCAAGUAACAUUUUAUAGUGUAGAUAUAGUAUUUUUUAAAUGAGGUAAAAGUGGGAGAAAAUAUGUUUAAUUUGGCAAGUUUGUAAAGUGUGGUUGCAUUGUAAAUUAGAGUUUAAAAUAUUCAAUUAGUGUUUCAUAUUAGAGGAUUAUUUUCCUUACUGCAUGAUCUUCAAAAUACUAGAAUCACCUUAUUUUUUUUCGCAAUGUGUUAUUACUGAAUAGCUGUUAGAAAAACCAAAAAGGGAUGCUAUUUUUUUCCCAAGUCUCGUUGAGUUGCUUGCGCAAAACCAUUUCCUAUAGUAGUUAUCAGUCAUCUGAUGGCUGAGAGAAAAUGCGAACAAUCCAGGCCUCGUGUGUCUUGACACAAACAGUCUAUGUCAAAUCAGCUAUUUUAAACAGAGUAAAUGGUUUGCUUUUCUACUAAAUUAAACAAACCAGGCAAAAUUUAACUAAAAUCUGGACAUGUAAAUAAAUCUUCCUGUCUACCAAGUAUUCUGAAGUUAAGAAAUUGUUUUAAAUAGGACUAAUUAGGCUCUUGGGUUAUUCCUAAACAUAAAAUCCUGAAGUUACAGUGAAUCUGGAAGACUGAUUUCUUUUUAUCACAUAUUUUCCUUCCUCCAAAUGAAAACGUUAACUACAAUCCUUCACCACGCCUUGCCGCCCCCCAAAUUCUGGAAUAAUGCCUGAGACCCUCAAAAACAAACUUGGACGUGAUAUCACUAGUGGGAACAAAAUGAUUCAGUCUGGGGCCCAAAAUAUAAGUUUAAGCCUUUUAUUUAAGAACUGGCCGAUUUCCAGAGCUUUGCUUCCUCAUGUGCCCUGUUCCUUGCAGCGUGUUAAACGACUACAUUCUGUUACUUCAUUUGCACCAAUAUAUACAUAGAAAGAAUUGAAAGUAAAUUGCCUACUAUUAAUGGCAAUUUAAAGGUAACAGAAAAAUUACUUCGAUUAGAUAUGUAAACACUUCCUUUUUGAAAAUCCUGUCACAUCAGACGUACCUGUGUAAGUUGACUGACUCAUUUCAAGUUAAAUAAAGAACAUGGAACUUAGCCUGGUGUAUUGGAGAACUGAACCGUGAUGAAAGAAGACCUAGAUUUUACUCUUUGCCCUCAUGAGCCAGUGGAAUGAAAAGGAAGAAACUAUAGUCGAUAUUUACCUCAGAAUGCCAGCCCCAACUUCAGGUGUUCAGAAGCACGUGGGCUGAAGCCCUCUCUCUGGCGCUGAAUUGUCCCAGGUCAUCCUUCCCAAGAGGAGGUGGGAAAUUCUGGAACCAAAUCAUGGCCUUGGAUCUCCACAGACCUGAGAGGACCUGAGUUUGCUCAGAAGUUAUACAAAGCCCCCGAAAGUGGAGGGGACCUCAAAGCCGAAUCUCUAAGAGGCUUGGACCCAUGAGAACCUAGAGCCAGACCAAAGCUCUAGAAACCGCGCCACCCCAAACUGCCAGGCUGGAGGCGCUGCAGGCUCUGAGCCGCAGGGUGAGUGACUCCGGCCCACAUUCUGGGCGUCAUUAAGUUAAUCUCUCGGUGCCCCUGCCUGUUCGUGUCUGUGCACUUUGAAAGAAGGAUUGUCCUAAUGCUACUGUGACGUCAGCUCUGAUUUGAACUGAGAAAAACAACAUAUUCAGGUUUAGAAUUUGAUGACUUUGAAAGGCAGGGAGGACAAUUAGCAUGCACUUCAGCAGAGGUUUAUUUCACUUGAGCAAAUCCAGCGGCUUUCUGAAUUUGGGAAGAGCCCCUGCUUGAGUCAUUCACAGGGAGCAAAGCAGGCUUGGAUCUGCUGUCCUACUCGUGACGUGGUAUUGUGACUCGGGUAUUUGAUGACUGUCUGCCUGCAUCAAACACUUAACUCCACUGGAUUUCCUCUGCGUGCACAUCUAUAACAUGCCUCCAGUCACCUAAUAGCAUCAUAAUUGUUUUUUUAAAUUUAUGAAGUAUUGUGAUCACCUGAAAUACCCACUAUGGAAAUAGAUAUUAUUUUAGCAAUUCACAAAAGCUAUUGUCUACUUUACACAUGGGACCAAGGCCAUGUAUUGGGCAUUAACUUUUAUUUCAGCAAGUUACUCUCUUUUUUCCUGGUAUCUUUUGUGAUUUUUUUAAAAUUAUAGGUAAAUUUUCCUGAAUUAUUUAUUUCCUAUAAAAUGUAUGUAAUAUUAAAGUUCAGUUU